AUGAAGCUCGCCGACUUUGUCGUCAAUGGACUCAAGCCCGACCGCCUCAAGUGGCUGCGCGGCGAGAGCACAGCGAACGGCGGCCGCCACGUCCUCUACUACAUGCAGGCGUCACUGCGCACACGCUACAACUACGCGCUCCAUGCUGCGAUCAAGGCCGCCAACACGCUGCAGCAGCCACUGCACGUGCUCUUCACGGUCGACACGUCGGCCGAGCGCAUGUCGGAGCGUCACAUGGCCUUUCUUCUCGAGAGCCUCAAGGACGUCCACGCCUCGCUGCAUGCGCAAAAGAUCCCGUUCCACGCGGUGCACUGCGCGCACGCCUCGAGCAUGACGCCGGUCGAAGCCGUCGCCUUUGCGAGCGCGAACGCCUCGGUCGUCGUGACUGACCACCCGUAUCUGCGCCACGAACGCCGACGCACCGAAGCGUUUGUCGCUGCCGUCAAGGUGCCCGUGCUGCAGGUCGAGGCCGACGUGAUGAUUCCUGUCGCCACGAUAAGCAACCAUGAGGAGCACAACAACGGCACGAUCCGACCCAAGAUCAAGAAGCUCAUGCCGAAUUACCUCCUGCCGCUGCCGCCAUUGCGGUACCUCAAGCCCACCGCGGUGCCAGACACGUGGUCGCCGCCGCUGACACCGCUCGACUUGAGCGCGUCGGUCGAGAGCCUCUUGGCGGCCGCAUCCGACGUCGACGUGUCGGUCCCGCGGGUCUCGACGUACCUUGGUGGCGAGACUCACGCCCAAGCGACGCUCGAAGUGUUCCUUCGAGACAAGCUGCUCGACUACGAGACCGAGCGCAACAAGCCGGAGAAGGACGCGACGAGCAACCUGAGUCCGUACUUGCGCUACGGCAACAUCUCGCCGGUCGACGUGGCCCUCCGCGUGCUCGCCACCGAGGGCCCCGAGCCAGCCAUGACGCUCUCGCGAAACCACAUGAUCGACGAGAUGGUCGUGCGCCGCGAACUCGCCGUCAACUUUCUCGAGCGCGCCAAGACACACGACGCGUACUGGAAUGCGUGCCAGCUCGAUAUGAUGGCCACGGGCAAGAUGCAAGGGUAUCUGCGCCAGUACUGGGGCAAGAAGAUCCUCGAGUGGAGUGCGACGCCCGAGGAAGGCCACGCAUUCGCAGUCGUUCAGAACGCCAAGUACAACCUCGACGGCUACGACCCGAACGGCUACGCCGGCGUCGCCUGGUCUUUUGGGAAGCACGAUCGCGUCUUCUCCGAGCGGCCGGUGUACGGCACGGUGCGCUACAUGGGCGCGCGCCGCCUCAACGACAUCUUCGACAUGCCAGCGUACAUUGCGCUCGUCAAGCAGCGCUGCGCCGAUGCCAAACUGCCGCAUGCACAGCGCAACGACACGCCGCCUCCUGCCCCAACCGAGCACAAGAAGCGCCGACCUCGGUCUCGAAAGAAGAAGACGCAGACGCCGCCGUCGGGCACGGCCGCCUAA